UGUUGGUUAUGGACGGAACUUCAAAUUUCACAUUCCUUAAAGACCUAUUCUAAAUGGCCACUACGUACUUCCGCCUCUUUUGGAGGGCAGUGGCCCGUAGCCCCUGUACGUCACUUCCGGCCCUCGUGAUUAUGCGUUAGAGCCCUCGUGAUGAAGUGCGUGUUUGUUACUGUAGGGACCAGUUUCAACGAGCUCAAUGAACGUAUGUCAGCGCAGGAGAGUCUCUGUAUCUUCAAGAGCCUCGGUUACAGCCGACCUACUCUCCAAAUUGGUAGAGGAACAGUGGUGCCUGAACCAUUCAGCACUGAGUUCUUUACUCUGGACGUUUACAGGUACAAAGAUUCCUUGCAAGAAGAUCUUCAGAGACCAGAUCUUGUUAUUAGUCACGCAGGUGCAGGAAGCUGUUUGGAAACUCUGGAAAAAGGCAAGGCACUUGUGGUAGUUAUAAAUGAAAAAUUGAUGAACAAUCAUCAGCUGGAAUUGGCAAAGCAGCUACACAAAGAGGGGCAUUUCUUCUACUGUACCUGCAGCAUGCUUCCUGGGCUGUUACAGUCAAUGGAAUUAUCAACACUGAAAUGUUAUCCUCCUGGCCAGCCAGAAAAAUUUUCUGCAUUUUUAGAUAAAGUUGUUGGAUUACAAAAAUAAACAUUAAACUCUCAACACUUUAAAAACACCCCCAAAUCUAAUCUAUGGAAUGUGAUUAAAUCAAAUUAAAUACAUAAUCUAUAUUUGUAGAAUAAUAUAAAUAAGUUUCCUACAUCUAUACAAUGUAUGGGAAAUUUUAUGGUGUGAACAUUGCUUUUAGGUCCAAAUCCUAAUUGAAAUUUAGGAAACAUACUGGAUUUCCCUAAUCUUCAAUAUGUAAUGUGGAUUCAGAGGUUUGGUCCUAGAAUCCCAAAUGAAUUUGGCAUUGUGAAAAAAUGAAAUGUGAAAACACUAGCAAGAAUCACAAAUAUAGUUUGAUGUUCCUUAGAGUAAAAAACUGAAACAGUAAAAACUUUAAAAAUAUUUUGCAUGAGAACCAGCAUCUUUAGCUUCAUAAUCCAAGGAACCAAUUUUUUUAAAAGGAAGUAUAAAUAAUGGGUUGUGCUCUGAAAUAAAAAAGGUCAGUAAUUGCCUAAAAAUGAUGAUCCAAGUUAGUUGUGUACUUGGAAAAA